UUUAGCAUGUACGUAUCUGAGAAAAUUUUGAUCGAAUAUUGUGACUGUGUACAGAAUAUGUGAUAUUAAAACGUUUUAAAUAUGUACAGAAAUACUAAAGUGCGAUCAAAAAUAAUCGAGUUUAUAUAAUGUCAUAUUGCGCAUAUUUUUGCUAUAGUGCAACUCAUACUUUGGACAUAUUCUUCUAUGUGACCAAAAAUGCGUCUCGUGUUGGGCGCAUUUAUAUAGAUUUUUGCUCCAAGUUAUAGUCUGAUGGACCAAAUUAUUAUAUUAUAAAUGACUUCGAAAUUUCAAAUGAUACUUUAAUAUCAAAAUUAUAUUAGUGGACCUACUUAGCAUUAGUCUAUGAUGGCUAUAAAACAGUGUGUUUUAUUGUUACUAUGUUUUGGAUAUGUGCAUAUGGAUGUGCUUGUUUACACGCAAAAGCCAUUGCACCAGAUUGUUGAAGAGUUUCGUUGUAUGCCUGCUCACUUUGGGGAUAGUCUUCCCACAAAUGGCUUGAGAGGCUUUGCAACCCACGCUAGUCCAGCAGAUGGGUGCUCUCCAAUGCGUAGGCCUCCAAAUGUAACUGAUAAUUUUACUGGAAAGUGGAUAGUAUUAGUAGCAAGAUAUAAUUGUUCAUUUGAAGAUAAGGUGAGAAAUGCUCAGAAUGCAAAUUACGAUGCUGUAAUUGUUUAUAAUAUUAAUAGCAGUGAUUUAGAGCCAAUGUCGGCUAAGAAUCCAGUAGGAAUCCGGAUCCCAUCAGUGUUUGUUGGUGAAGAAACAGGACGUAUCAUAAUUUACAAUUAUGAAUAUGAGGAGAACUAUUUUCUUAUCAUAAAUUCUGACUUGCCAUUUAACAUUAACACACACUUAUUGCUUCCAUUUGCAAUAGUGGUUGGUUUGUGUUUUUUGAUUAUGGUAGCAUUUAUGAUAGUAAAAUGUGUAAGAGAAAGAAGACGAUUGCGUCGUCAUAGAUUACCUUCUAGUGCACUUAAGAGAAUUCCAACAUGUAAAUUUACGAAAGGCGAUGCAUAUGAAACUUGUGCUAUUUGCUUAGAUGAUUAUAUUGAAGGGGAGAAAUUGAGGAUACUGCCUUGUUCUCAUGCAUAUCACUGCAAAUGCAUUGAUCCAUGGUUAACCAAGAAUCGGAGAGUAUGCCCAGUUUGUAAACGAAAAGUUUUCGGCCGUAACGAAACCCGCACACGUUCCGGCAGCUCCUCCGAGAGUGAUGCUGAUGACACCACCCCACUGUUAAAUCCAGUAGCUAAUAAUCAUGGAACAUUCACCGAAGGUGUUCAUAAUAUGUUUCGCCGGUCAGCCUCAGAAUCAGCCCUCUCUAGUCGACCAUCUUCUGAUUUAGGGGAAUCAAGUUAUAAUAGAAAUUAUCCGCGUGGGGAAAAUAAUGAUGAUAAUAGAUUAGCUAAUGUUACUUCAGAUGGCAUAAGAAAUAGUGGCGAUAGUCCGUCAUACCAAUCAGCAGAUGGGGACAAAGAUUCUCAUUGCAGUAUCCCCAUGCUACACAGUAACAAUGUUAUGAAUCCUUAUCUAAGCGGCUCCUUCGCCGAAUCCGAUUCAUUUCUCAUGCAGGAACAGAAUCCAAAUAAUUUAUCUAAUGCCCAAAGUCAUCACUCUUUAAACUCGGGUCGAGUUGAAGUGGUAGCAUUGCCAAAUAAUAAUUUCAAUCAUUCGAGAGACAACGAUGAUUUUAUUAUAUAAAGUAUCUCAAAGUUUUCUAAAGAGACUAUGAAGUUUUAUUUGUGAUUGAAUCUAACAUAAGUGAUUGUAUAUAUACUAUAAAAUAGGAUAUGUGGAAAAUAAAUAUUAUAAAUGUA